AUGAACUUCGGCGCCAAACAACCGCAUGCCCAUACGUGUGGGGAAUGCGGCGCCCCAGUGGACAUCUAUCCCCUCCACACGCUAGAUAACAUCAAAGAAAACUAUUCCUACGUCAAUUGGUUCAUGCGCUUUAACGAUGCCCUGGACGCGAAUCAGCUCAACAGGGCUCUAUCACGCCUUUUUGAGAUUGGGGACUGGCGCAAACUAGGCGGGCGAUUAAGACGUAAGCCCGAUGGCAAACUGGAGAUUCAUGUGCAGAAGCCCUCGCCGGCAGAUAAGCACAAUGUAUACGUGUAUACGACACACACCUCAUACGACAUGAGACUGCGAGACCACCCGGUGGGCAGCCGUCUCCCCCGCGACUCACGGUCCAUCGCUGCAUUCGAUAUCUCCCGAUUUCCGGCCAUUUCUAGCCCGGACGAACUUUCCGACGUUUGA